GUUGCGAAUUAUGCACACCUAUAUUUCACUUCCAUUGCGGUCUCUGAUUGAAGUGGAUGUUCAUAGCUCAGUAUACGUAACUCUCCAUUCAGCAUUUAGGAAACUCAUUCGUUGUAGUACCACCGCCUGUAAUUUGUUAACAUAUUAAUCGAUCAAAAUGAUGCAUGAUAUUCCCCAUGUAGUGUCCUCUUUCAAUAAGGAUUCCAGCUUAACGAGUCUGCAUACAAAAACGAUAGACUACAGGAAAAAAUCUAUGAAAGGCUUGCCAGAGAGAUUUCUGUUCGAAUGCGCCAUCAAAUUAAGUAUGAAGCCAUUAACAUCGGCUAUGGCGGCGAUACUGUUUCACCGUUUUUUCAAGGAAGUUGAAGAAACAGAGUAUGACCCAUAUAUGAUUGCCGCUUCCUGCUUAUACCUUGCCGGCAAGAUAAAGGACGAUCCAAUCAAGAUACGGGACGUUAUAAACGUUGCUCACAACACCAUCAAUCGUGGUUCCCAACCACUCGAACUGGGAGACGAAUACUGGUCCAUGCGAGAUACCAUUGUCCAGGCCGAGCUGUUCAUCACUCGGGUUUUGAAGUUUGAACUGUCUACUGUUCAUCCCCACAAAUACAUGCUGCACUACAUGAAAUCUCUACAGGAUUGGUUUGGUGUUAAAGAGUGGAAUGCUCUACCAGUUGCCAAAACAGCCGCCUCGUUCCUGCAAGACUUCCACCACAGCCCGAAGAUCCUGGACCAUAAUCCAGACCACAUCGCGGUUUGCUGUCUAGCAUUAGCCUUCCAAGUGUACGGCAUUCAAGUUCCACUGACUGAUGAAUUUGAUGAGGUGACUGCGUGGUAUAAUAUAUUUUGCAAUGACUUAACCAGCGAAAAACACUGGGAGAUAAUUGAAGAAAUUAUAGAGGUGUAUAACACCGAAACUGAAAUCGAGGAGGAUGAGGACUAGGGAUAUUAUUUUCUGGAAAUGAUAUUCGCAUGGAUCGUCGCAGAGAAUGUUGACAAACGUAUCAUACUGCGUUGCUAUUCAAGCGUUGCAUUUUGGAGAAAAAGUACAACCAGAUAGUAUUAUGGAUGAUCCAAUGAAUUUUUUUUUUCAAUAGUUUCCCUCAAACUGUUUUUAAGCCCGCUCUGAAUAUCUCUUUUUAAUUAACCUAGUUUUUGAAAUAUCAGCAAUGUAAAAGUUGUUGAAAAGUGAUAAUUCGUGAUGUUACUUAAAGCUGAAAAUUCUUAUGAAUACGUAAGAUAGCCAUAAAAGAAUUCAUGCAGAAAAUUAGAAAUCUAACUAAGUAGUUUGUCAUAUAUAACUCAUGUUGUAUUGAAUUCAUUUCGAAAUAAUAAUUUCCAUAUUAGCACUA